GUGUAGAAUCGGAAAAUUAGACAGAUAAGACUAGUAGCUUCAAACCUGCUUUAAUAAGCUCGUAUUUUAGUAGUUCCUGUGACAAAGAAAUAAAAGUUUAUGUAAGAUUAAAAGUUAACAAAGCAGAGAAAUUUGGCAUAUUCUCUUCGUAGUGCAUAAUGGAGAAAAAUAAUGUGUGAAGAUUGCAACUGAUGGCAGAAGCUGAAAAGACUGACACAAGUUAUUUUUAUUUCCAUAAUUGUCAUAUUUGACUUCUUGUUCACUAGUUUUACGCUUUUUUCUUCAAAUUCAAUUCAGUUUUUCUUGCACUUUUCUCGAAAUCGUAGUAGAGAUUUGCGAUGAUUCAUCGGUACAGAUUUAUUGUUAGCUCGAAUAUUAUUCUGCACGUUUAAAUCUUAGUAAUUUUUGUUUGUACAAAUAAUGUUUCUCUAAAAUAAAAGUGAAGGUUUGAAGUAAUGAAAAAGAAACAUUAACGUACACAAGUGGUAUUCAAUCUGAAAAAGAAUAUGACCAUCUUAUAUCAAACUAAGAUGUGCAGUUCUGAUAGAGAUGAAAUAGAUAGGAUACCAUCAAGAGAUAGAGCUACAAAUUGGGAUGUUGCAGGUUUUGUUUUUUCCAUAUUCAGUCACAUAGCUGAUGUAUUUUUCGAUUGCAAUGUAGCAUAUAGGUAUUAUGCUAGUAAACAUUUAUCAUAUUUCUUUGCUACAUUAUCUUUUAUCAUAAUACCAGCAAUAAUAAAUACUGCAUUCAGUGUUCGAAUGUAUGUACUAGAUCAUGAAAAUGUCAACAGAGGAAGUAAUCUAACAAAGAAAUUUACCAGGAAAAGGCUGUGUAUCAUUUUUAUUUUGAUUUUUCAAUUAGCACCGAUUCUAAGAUAUUUUGAUGCCUUGAAAUAUGCUUUAAAAUCUCAGAAGGCUGAAAAAAACAAAGAUGUAGAAAACCAAAGGAAAUAUUAUGAAAUGAUGGCUAAAGAAGAUUCAGAUGUAGCAUUGUUAAGAGUUCUGGAAUGUUUUUUAGAAGCUGCACCUCAGCUUAUUCUUCAGUUAGCAAUUAUAUUCCACAGUAAAGGAAAGGAGAUGGAAGGUGAUACCUUUACAAUAAUUCAUCAAUUGUUAUCCAUUGGCAGUUCGUUUGUUAGUAUGGCGUGGUCAAUGGCCUCUUACCAAAGACUUCUACGUGUUUCACUAAGAACAAAAAAUAAUAUCUCGUGGUCAGGUACCAUUGUGCAAUUUAUGUGGCAUUUUUUAGUUACUGUUUCGAGAAUUCUUUGCAUUAGUGUGAUAGCCUCCAUAUAUCCAACAGAAACAAUUGUUGUUAUUAUUGGUCAUUGGUUCGUUAUGACGUUAUGGCUAGCCUGUACAAGUGCAAAAAAUAAUUUCUGUGAUCAUAAUUCUCUCUACGAUUUCCUGUUCUAUUGUAUUUUAGGAGCAGUUUAUAUCUUCACCCACGUUGUGCUGGUUGAAGGUCGAACUUUCCUUAAGUACGUAAUUUUCUAUUGUGUACUAUUCGCUGAAAACACAAUAGCCAACGUGGUAUGGAUAAUAUCUGCAGACGAAGCUGUGAGAGAAAAAGUAUAUUAUUUACCUAUCAUUUUAUUGAAUGUUAUCCCCUUUUUCUUGGGAAUUGUUUUUAUGGUGUUGUACUAUAAAGUAUUUCAUCCCAGUUUAAGUACAGGAUAUAACAGGCAACAAGCUGCUGCGGCCGUAGCAGCAACUACCUAAUUAAAUUUAUUUUUAUUUCGAAAAACGUCAAUUAAAUCAAUGAUUGAAAUUUAUACGAAACUGAGGAAUUCAUUUGGGGCCACAAAUCAAUCCAAAGCACUAUUGGAAAGGAAAAUUUCAUUUAUAAAUCACAGAGUAUUUGGAAUUUUUCUUUUCGCUAUGAAAUUGAGUUACACUGAAUGCAGAAAUUUAUAAUCAAAUGUUUAAAAUUUCAAUAACCCUUACUAGUUUCACAAAAUUGUAAUGAAUGGUAUUGAAUUUCACUGCAUGUUUCACUCUCUACUAUGAAAAUAACCAGACUGAUAUUUUUAGAAAUUAAUAGCGGGUGGCAUAUAUUUGUAACAUAAACAUCUAAAAAUUAAUUUUAAUUUAUUUGCGUUUUCUAGUAAUAGAAAACUGAUUUUAAAAUAAAAAUGUAAUUAGUAACACGAAAUCGUAAUAUCAAAAAAAAACAUUACAGUACCCGUUGUAAUUAUCCAUAUUCCAUCGUGUUUAAAAUUUUUUUAAUCAGAGGCGUAGCCCACAGAUCACCUAUAUUUAGAUGGUUACUACUACCUAACCUAACCUCACUUUAUAAGGUGAAUGAAAUGUAUCUUUUCAAGUUUGAUCCACAACAUGAGAAGUGGUCACAAAAAUCAAAGAGGAGCAAUAAUAUCAACUCAGAAAAUUGGGGAUAUAUUAACCCAUUUGCGACCAAGAAAAGAAAAGAAAACUGCAGUGAAAUUUUUUUUAAUACCUAGGCAUGACGGUACCUCGCAGCAUUUUAACUUUGCUCAAAUUAAGACAAAUGUAUUGGAAUUAGGGGCAUAAUAGAAUGUCUUGAUAGAUAUUUCGGUUUAUCGCCAGGAGAGUACUUUUUUCAAAAGAAAACUUUAUGUGUAUAACAAAACCAAAUAGUAGGAGUGUACUAAAAAUAGAAGACUGCUAACCAUGUUUAAUGAAUGAUUAUAGGCCCAUUGCUCUUUUCUGAAUUAACCACCUCAAUUGAAUGACAAGAACGUUCAUCAUCAUCGGUGUCGUUACGACCACGUUUAAAUUCAGCAAACCCUUAACAAAUGGUUCUUUUCGAUGGAGUCCGGAAAAUACUUUUGAAGCUAUUGCUGAACUUUAUAGUAUUUUCUAUAUCAAGAAGCAAUGAUUAAAUGGCUAUCACAAUGUUUGACACUGGCAGCACCAUCUGUGUGUCAUUCACAUAGCUUAUUGAGUGAUGUUUUAUUUCCUCACUCAAGGGAAACGUAGACAAAUCGGGUCUUUGAAGUAAUAUGACAAUUAUUUAAUUAUAAUAAAAACCUGAACAAUACGUGUUACUAUUUAUUAAUAUGAUGGAAAUAUCUAUUUUUAACAAAAAUAUCCAAUUAAAAUGCUACAAAAUAAAUAAUUAGAUCUAAUUUAAAUAAAUUUCAUAGUUUGAAGUUCAUAGUAAAUCCCUUGCGGUUUAUUCAAUAUGGUUUUCAGCUAUUCGUUAUCUAUUAAAACGUUCUAUGUGUUUAUGAGGAUUUGGGAACAAAUAUAUUAAAAUUAUAAUUUUGCAAUAUAAUAUACAACAUUUAUUGAAAAACAUUUUAAAGACUUAGAGAUUAAAAUUAUAAUCAGAAGAAUAAAAACACGAGUACAACACAAUUUGUGAACGAAAUAUCAACAGAAUCCAGAUUUGUGUCAACUGCGCCAACUUGAUAUCUCAUGCUAGCAGAUUUAUCUCUGUGAACUUUUAUUAGAAAAUUGAUUCAACCUUGCGUUAUCUGUAUGAAAUGUCUAUGAAAUUGUGGUUUAUGGCUUGGCGGAGCCGCAUUUCCAUUUAUUCUGUUUUCAAAAUAAAAAAUAAUUUAAAAAACGCUGUCAAUUAAGGGUAGGUCUUCGAAGACCACCAGCACAUGUAAACAGAAACUACUACUUUCAAUGAAUAAAUUCAAUAUCAAUUAAUGAUAAUAGAGAAUGGUAUAUUACCAUUAACUUGAAACAUAUUCCUCAAAAAUGUACUCCUAAUGUAUCUUAAGCUAAGCCCUUACACUUAAUUUGACACCAAUCCAAAAAAAUAUUAAACUUUUCUUAAAUUUGGAGUCUGUACCACCUUCUAUUCUACCUUCCACCUUCUACGCAGUCUGAAAAUAAAGGGGCCAAACAAGCUUUUAAAUAUAGUAAUACCUUGUAUUCACUACUGGUUUUCAUUAUCGUUUUCUAAAAGCCUCUUGACAUGAUGCAAGACUCAUUAUUUCUCGAUUAAAAGCAUGCCCAGAUGAAGUUCAGCAGAUUAUUUGAUGCAAGAUCCUGCACUGACAACAUAAUCGAUUUCUAGAAAGAAUUGAGUUCUUAAUCUUCUUAUAUUACGUCUCUCGCCCAGGAUUCCUUAGUUAUGUUAAAUUUUGUUUUCCUUUGGAGUUUUUCAAAUGUUACUUCGUCCAUUCUAAAGUAAUUUUUGUUUUUUCGUCUAAUUCUAUAGCUAAACUCCUGUUUUUUCUUGAUCUAUCUAGCCAGGGUCUGGCCAACCAUCACCAGAGUGCUCUUUUCUUUUCAUCAGACUCAAGAAACAAGGCAGCAGCAGUUUUAUUGGUAGUGACGCACUGACCACUUUUUUUUGUUUACUUCACCUAGCGUUGAUAUUUUCAUUUUUAAACCGCUUACAAAAUAGUAAAUAAAAUAUGAGGCUAGGAGAUUGUUUACUUUUACUCGCGACGUACAAUGUUUGUCUAUGAACUAUAAUUAUUUAUCUUGCAAGAAAUUGCCUUGCAUCAUGUCAAGCAGCAAUGCCAUGUAAGACGCAAUAUUUUUCGAUCACAAGCAUACGCAGAUGAAGUUCUGCUUAUUAUUUCAUGCAGGAUACCGCACUGGCAACUUUAUCGGUUUGAUGUCGUUUUUAUUGCGUGCAAGUUGCAAUUCUAGAGAAAAAUGAGUUUCUAAUAAGCUGAUAUCACGUUUUAUUUUCCUUAGGAGUUAUUCAAAUGUUUCUUCACUCAUAAUUAGUUGAAAAUAAGUGAAACUAAUUAUUAUAUGUUUUUUUCACAUAAUUCUAUAGCUUUACUCAUGUUUCCUCCUGUUCUAUUUAGUGCUCUUUUCUGUCCAUCAGUGAUACAACGACUUCUUUUUCUUGUUUACUUAGCUUUGUUAUUUUCGUUAAAAAUCGGUCACAAAAUAUUGAAUAGAAUUUAAGGUUAAGAAAUUGUUUACUUUUUUACUAAUGGAAUUUUGAUAAGAGGCAACCAUGAAGCAAUGGCAAGAGACUUGCAUAAUGUAAAGCGACGUACAAUAUUCGUCUGUGCAAUAUAUCGAUCUUGCGAAAAAUUGAAUGCAAUUUCUUGUUCAUUGUCUUGCAUCUUGUCAAGUGACCUUGAGUAUAAUGAACAAUUAUAUCUGCUGCUGCCUUGCUUCUGGGGCCUGAUGACAGGUUGGUUUCGACGCCAAAAGUAACUGGACUUCUCCCUAGAAUUGCAACUUGUACCGAAUGAAAAUGGUAUCAAAUCGAUAAUGGCAGCUUGACAUGGUGCAAGUCAACGUGCAAGAAAUUGCAUGCAAUUUUUUCCAAAGUCAAAAUAUUUCGUAGAUUAAUAUUGUACGUCUUUUGACAUUAAGCAAGUCUCUUAGUAUUGCAUCAUGGUUGUCCAUAAAAAAAAUUCCAUGAGAAAAUUAAACAAAAAAAAAUAGCCUUAAUAUUACAAGUGCAAGUUCUUGCAUGGAACUUCAUCUGCGCAUUAUUUUGGUCAAGAAAUAUUGCGUUUUGUAUUGCAUUGCAUCGUGUCAAGCGGCCUUCAUGCUUACAAAUUUUUGAGCAACGCCAAUUCAUUAAAACCAAUAAUUUACUUUUAUCUGGGUUGAAAUAUUUUAAAUAUUGUUGUAAAUUUCUGUUGAAAUAUUUAUUUGGUUUGGAUGCAUAAAUAAUUGAAUUGCAAUUUUUUCUAAUUAUAUGUUAUAGUUUUUUGACUAUAAUGUAACAUUGCCAGUGAUAUCAAACUAGGAAGUUAACUGAUUUUUUGAUGUAACUAAACCAGAAGAAUAAUUUUAACUUAUACCAUGAAAAAUAUAUUAUUUAUUUUACAGUUAAGUUAUUCAGAAAUAAUUCUACAUGCAAUCUGAAACGAAUCUAUUAUUGAUAAACAAUUUGUAGGGUAUGUUCGUGAUAAAUAUGAAUUUAGUACUCUAUUUGUUAACAUGUUGAAAACUGUGAUCAUAUUUAUAUAAAAUAAAAAUUUUGCAAAGUGACCAAAAAAUAUACUUAAUAUAUGCAUUAAAAUAUAUUGGUAUAUACAAUAACAUUAAGCAAUGUUUAAACGAAGCCAGUAAUGCUUGCGUCAGUCCUGCAGAUAAACCAGCGUUGGCAUGUUCCCUGUUGUUUAGACGAAGCCAUUCAUUGGCGGAUUUUUCUUCAGAUAUGCACACGUUUUAAGGUGAAAAAUAAUAAAUUCAAAGUCGGUUGAAAAAGAAAUGUUCAAAGAACAUCUUUGAACUAUUAAGAGAAGAUUUUAUUGAUAUAUUAGAAAAAACAAGCGAAAUGACUUUGGAUAAGCAAACGGUUAAGGGAUAGACCUAUAACUGGAACUUCCGCUUUGUUAGUGUUAGGUUACUGCUGAAAACUUUGAUGAGUUACUUUCACUUAUGCAGAGCUCUAUUCAGAUAAGACACUCUGAUGAGAAAUGCAUUACCAACAAAAAUAAAAUUAGAAGCAACGUUAUUGUUCUUAGCAACAAAGACACACACAGGAAAAAACCGGACUGACAGCCAGCGAUGGCCUAAUGUAAACUAGACUGUUCUUUUCUCUGUGAAUUUGUAAAGACAGUAUUAAUUAUACAAGGUGAACAACUUGAAGGUUGUACUGUAAACUUGCAAUAAUAGUUUUUCAAACUUUUCAUGAUUUAGUAAUUUAAGUUCGGAGUUGUUCGCUCUAACUUAUUAGGAUCCAAUAUUGUUGACUGCCGCAACAUUGCACUUCGUUAAGAAUAUGCUCUCUUGUAUCAGGGUCCUUGUUCUGGUUUAUAAUAAAAAGUCAAUAUAGUGAGCUCAUUUUAAAACUUAUCAUCUGUGUAACUUGAAAACCUCAAUACAUUGCAAUAUUUUUUUAUCGGUGUUCACAUGUUCAUCCUUGUAACCGCUAAAAACAAUUGACAACAUUAAAUGCAUCUAUUUGAUAAGUUAUACAAAAUUUAAAAGCUCUCUUUCUUUAUCUAUACAAUAGUGAAUCGCUGAAGUUACAAGUGAAAAAACACUCUGCUUUUAAAAGUGUAGUUAGAGAAAUAAAUCAAAUAAGAGUUCAAAAGAAAACAAUACAAAUAGUUAUCAUCGAAAAAAAUGUUAUCCAUACAUGUUUCCUCAAAAAUUUAACGGAGAUAUUCAGAAGGGACAUAUUACCAGAACUUCAGCAUGAUGGAGUUUCUGUACAUUUUUCAGUACGACUCCAUUUAAAUGCCACUUAUGGACAAAACUGGAUAAGUCGAGGUAGGCCAAUUGAUUGCCUAACUAGGUCUCCGAAUUUACUUCCCUUGAUUAUUUUAUGUGAGGUCAUAUGAAGUCUCUCGUCUUUCAGAGUCCGGUAGAAAAUGAGGAAAAUCUUGUUGGUCGUAUACAAGUAGCAAUAGAAGACAUUUCAAAUACGCCUAAUGUUUUCCGCAAAGUGCGCUUAUCAAUGCUGAGUCAGGACUUGUGUAAACGAAGGAGUUGGACAAUUUGAGCAGCUGCUUAAUUUAUUGUGUUUUAUAUUUCCAAUCAUUUAGACCUUAAGUAAACUGUUUUUUUUAACCAUAUGUUUCAAUAAAGUAUCAUAUAUGAUACCUUGCUGGCUUAGGUUUAUGUUGAUAAAUGUAACUUACGUUGGACGUUAAACAGUGUGAUCAACACAUUCACAAUGAAAUUUCCUUGCGUCCUGAGAAAAAGAUCCAGGUCCAAAGGUUAACCGCUGAUUUAAAAAAAAAUAUUGAACAGAUCGUAUCAUAUAUGAUACCAUGCCCGUUUAAGGGUUAAUCGAAUGUUACAUUUUUAUUCUGCAUGACUUAUUUGUGAAAUUAUCAUCUCCAUGGCAUUAAUGUUAAUAAAAAAUUUUAUGGAAACCGUUUUAGCGUACUAGAACAUAACAUUUUUUUCGAAGAAAACGUUUAGUUUAACGAACUAAAAUCAUUUUGUAGGACACCAUUAACCUAUCGAUGUAAGUGGAUUCGGAAGAAUCAUAAGAGCGGUCACAAAAUGAUGUUUUAUUCGAAAACUGUUGAUUUUAGCGUAGUCAAAUGUUAUUACUGUUUGAUGGUAGGAUUCAAAAAUUGAAAAAAAAAAAAUUUAUCCAGUGGCGAGGAAUUCGGGGGUCGAAAAAGAGUACUUGACCCCCGCUUCACACCUCUGGAAAAAAUAGUUUAUCAACCUGAUAAUCGUCAAAAUGUUUCAAUAACAUUGGACCAAACCAUUUGAAAUUAUUCGACAAAACAAUCGUUUUAUUAUUAAACCCUCUAUCUUGGAAAGGAUGCGUUUGCGAAUAGUUCCCUAUCCCAAUAGGCUUAAUUUGAUCCAAAGAAGUCAAAUUUAGGGACACCCUGUUUGUACCUUAUUGUUAAAUGUUUUAGUUACGAUCAUGCCCGAUCUUAGAUACUUAUGUGAAACUUUAUUGGCUUUGCAAUUUUUAAUGAGAAUAAAACAAUGAAAAGGAUACGAUUGAAAAAUUUGCAAAAGGUAAAUAGAGAAUUCAUCAAAACUAAUUAUGAUUUACUUUCCCCACAUUUGAAAACAGAUACAAAAUACUUUAUUAAAAUUCACAUUUAUUGAAGUAAGUAGUGUAGUAUAAUUGAAAGCAUUUGCGUUUUAAUUGUUUCAUGUAGAAUUUUUGGUACUAUUCUUUUUAUGUCAAACUUGAAAUAUUUUCAGUGAAAUUAAAUAAUCAUUAUCAGUAUUUACACCGAUAAUUUCGUUGAAUUCAACCUGAAUGGAAUUAUCUUGGAAAUAGACAGAGUAGGGCGCUCAAAAGUAGUAUCUUGCCAGUAUUUUAAAAUAAGUUGAAAAUGUAGAAAUUCAGUUCCUCUUUUUUAGAAUAAUAAAAAUCGUUCACUUUUUUUGUUGAACUCUAUUCUAUUUCAAAUAAUUCUGAACUUUGUUGAAUGAUUAAAACUGACAAAAUAAUGAUGCACUUACUGAUGAUGGUUAUUCCAAAUACAAGAUGACCCAAUGAAAACUUAUUUGAAAGUAUAACUAUUAUGAUUUAAUGAGAAAAACUAGAAAAAAUCCACUUCAUUUGCGAUAGAACAAUUUUUUAAAGUGUAGUUCAAAUUUAUCCAUGCAGAAGCGUAUUCCAAUUUUUUUCCAAUGAUUCGUUAGUAUAGGUCUACCAGAGUAUAAAUUUAGAGACCAUUUGAUUGUAUCUCUUCAUUCUAUCUAGCGGCCAUGAAAUGAUGGAGUAUCAGGAUAUGAUUGAAAAAUUCGCAAAAUGAAAAUCACAAAUUAAUAAGAUUUCGGUGUAUGCAAUAUUGUCCUCUAUUAGCUGGAUCAAUGGUAGUGACAAGAAAUUUGAGAUACAUGCCACCAAUUUUCCGGAAGAAAAAAAGUACCAACAAAUAAAUCACUAAAGAACGUUUAAGUCAAAUUUUCUGGAGAUGAUGAAUGUGAAAUGGCUACGGCCAAAAUCGUUAUUUCAGUUUUUGUAAUAAUUGAAGUUUAACGGAUGGAAAUUGUAUUUUUUCAAUAUUUGCCUGACACUUGUAUGACAAAUGCCUGUUCUUCAGAUUUAUUUAAUGCCGGAUUUACACCCCGUUACCUUUAAUUUUCAUUAAAACCAGCUAUCUGGCAUUUCGCCACCAAUUCUCGUAAAUUUUUGCCACUUUUAUAUCUAUUGGCAUACCGUUUAUUGAACAAGUCUGCUGUAUUCAUUAUUUUUAAAAUAAAAGUCACCACGAUAAAUUUAAAAUGGAAUAUUGUUUUAAAAUUCCUAAAUAUAAGGUGCAAUACAGUUGUCCAUCAACUACUGAGUCUGUUUCAAUGAAAAAUGAUUAUUGGCAAGUGAGAAUAUGAUAAUAUUUUACUCCUAACAUCUGAAAUAUUCUGGUAAAACAGAAAAGAGAGACGCAAAUCAAUUAUAUUUACAUUAUUUCAAUGUUUUAUGUAGAAAGCAGGUGCAAGAGGGUAAAUCCUUUUAUAUUCGAGUAAUUCGAGUGGUGCCUGCCGUGUGGAGAUGCCUGUGAAUAUUGAUCUCGAACUUCUGUGGUUUAUAGUGUCCGGGAAGACACAGGCUAGCACUUCUUCGAUGAAAGCAGUUCCAAUAAAUUGACAUUCUGGGCGUCUGUAGGCAAACUCGGUGUUCAUGAGCCACGUGUGCUUAUCGAGUAAGUCUUGCAAAAACUGCUCUAGGUGGGAUUAUGUUGGAUGGUAAGAGCAUUAACCAUGGUAGUAUCGAUAAAACAGUCAGGCUAGCAAUCUUUCUUCUAUGUUCUAAGCUGUUUUAAGUUUCCGGCCAAUUCUGGAUUGCCUAUAAGUAGAAUUGCUCCCUUUUGUAUAGAGUUGAGGAUCCUCAGGUUAUAAAUUGCCUUGGCUAAAUCGGCCACGUGAUUAAGCCAGGGCACAGCUUCUAACCUCAACUCCCAACAAGCGAAUUUUCGAUGCUGGUGAUAUUUUAUGUCCAGAUAGGACCAAAUCUCGAGUCGCAGUGCUACCCUUUUUUGUAAAAACAGCAGUCUGGGUCUCUGCUGCAAUAAUCAGAUUGCUUCCACUCCACUUCAGAAUGUUUUCAAGAACGGUAUUGAUGGUGGUGUUGGUACAUUAGUACUGAAUACAGUGUUUACAUUAUCAUUACACCAACAGUCAUAAUGACUCUGACGCGCAUUUUGAUGACAAAGACAAUAACCAAUGUAAUUGUGGGUAUUGGUAAGUGUCUGAAGAUGAUAACUUAGCGAUUGAAACGGACAGUAUAAUUGUGAGUGUUGGUAUAGUGGUAGCAUAAACUGCGUGAAUAUCACUAAAGAUUCCAGAAAUUCCAACUUAGUAAAUUCCUUUUUCAUCUUCGAAGACACAUAUUGUAUAAUAUAUUAACCUUGAAACAUCUACUAUUUCUAGAUAAGCUAACUGGAUGGAAGAAAUUGGGUGGUUAUGAAUAAGCAUGGAAAAUUUUUUAAUCCAACUGUGUCUUAUUUAAUAAAAAAAUUGGAGGCGCCAAAAUAUGUAGUUUCGGUUCGGUACUGCCUACUUAGAAGGGUUUAAGUGUUCUCUCACAAAUUUGUAUUGUUAAGAUCUCUCCAAAAUAUUUUCUAUAGAGUUUCAGUACGUUUUCGUUGGUGUACAUUGUAAAUUGUAAACUAAUUGUAUGUAAUUUAUCAACAAAUUGAAUCUAUUUUAAUUAUAGUGUAUCAGGAUCUCAAUAAAAAAAAUCGGCAGCGAAUAGUUGUAAUCAAUUUUAGUCAAAAGUACUCCAAUUUCUGGAUUAUAGUUCACUAAAACUUUAAAGUCAAAACUUCUACGAGGGUCACUUUUUAAAUAAGAAUUGUUUUGUAGUGGAGUAAUAAGAAUUUGAAAUAUGAACGUAAAUAGUAUCACAUAGUAAAAAAUAAACAUUUUUUCCAAUUUCCAUCGUAGUCACUAUUAACAUUUGUGAAGUAGUCGCACUAGCUUUUGGAUCCCAUCAGUUAAACCUGUUGAAUACACUGUUUACACCACCACUACUACAACACUCACGAUUACACUGUCUGAUGCUAUGGUAAACAGUUUACCUUCAGUCACUGAAGACGAUAAAUUGAUUAUCGAAACGCCUGUUACAGUGUAAUCGUGAGUGUUGGUGUAGUGGUAAACAGUGUAUUCACUAUGAAUAUCACCAACGGCUCCAGAAAUUCCAGCUUAGUUAAACCAGUUAUUAAAAACUUUCAACUUAUCAUGUUCUAAGUGCUUUUCACUGAUAAAGUCGUUACCUUUUGAAAACAGUUGAAUGUUUGAUGGUGUUAAGUUAGGGCUGUAUACGGAUUUUCCAAUCAAAUGUUUGUGUCGAGUCUUGAUGAUAUUUAGCCGUCCAAAUCGUUCUUCAACGUAAACCUUUGUCUUUUAUUCAUUAAAAACUCUACACCAUUUAUUACACCCUCACUAUCAAAUUCAAUAAGCCUCCGGCGUUUCAGCAGGAUGAAACUUAAAAACCAAAUAACUGAGUGAACUAACCGAGGAUUGAUUUUUGAAAUUGCGAGAAACUAAAUAGUUUAACCUUAACCAUAACAUAAGAGUGACUGACCUUGAACUAACAUUACAUGAAAGUAUGCGCGAGCAUGUUCCACAGACUGUUUUUACUUUGAAAAUGACCCUCAAAUUUGAAGUGUGCUUAACCGAUUAGUAAACUUUUUAUAGUGCUACGAUAUAUACUCUAAAUCAGAGAUUCCAAACCAUUUUGAAGAAGACAUCCCCAUUUUAAAAUGAUAUGAUAUCUUAAACCCCAUAGCCAAAUACUUUCAUAAUCAUUUUUUCAAUUUUUUUAAAACCUUAGUGGUCCAUUAUUCAAGUAAACUUGACAUUACUUUCUCGUUAAACAAUUGAAUAAAAUAGUUAUAAAUUUCAGUAAAUGUCGAGUGAAAUUAAUAAUUCUUAGUAGUAAUUACAAAAAAUUGCUUGGCAUACAUUUUUAGAAAAACUAUUGAAAUCGCAAAGAAAAAUUAAAUAAUAAGAAAUUCAGUAGGAUGGAUGAUUUUCGUGGCUAUAUACCAAUCUAUCUUACCUUGAUCCAAUACUUGUAACUAGCAGCCCUAAAUCUCCUCAUUCGUUUGGAACUACACUAAACAUUUUUCCAAAAUAUAUUUGGAAAUGUGAUAAGAUAUUUUUCAGUAAUGUUGCACUGCAAUCCGAGCGUCUUAUAGACCUUGUCAAACUUCUUUUUGAUUGUGCUAGAUAAAUAAUAAUAAUAAUAAAUUCUUUUUGCACUAUCAAUUGGCUUUUUUAUGGUUGUGAUGCUAUUGAAUUUUUUUUUAAGGAGUUUUCUCACAAAGGCCAAAGUAUGGAUGUUAAACAUACUACAUAACAACUUAGUCCGCAAACUUCAUUCUGCAGAAGUACUCGAGUAAAGAUUUCAACGUUUUGUAAAAAAAUAACCGUGAAUUCAAAGAAAUACUUCGAAUGUUGAUUAUGGAUUUUAUAUUAUUAAUCUCGUUCUAGUGUAUUUUAAAGUACAAAGAUACAUCCCAUGUAAAUAUUAGUCAUUAUUUUAACUUUGUUAAAGUAACACCACUUAUAGAGUAUCUUGAAAGUUACAAAUCUGAGUUUGUGUUUUUUACACUACCUCCACUUCCCAAGAAACUGAUUUAUACCUUUUUAGGAAUCCCUGAUUUAAACUAUAUAUUUGAAUAGAUGAUGAAUUUUUAUUUUCAAUAAUAUCCUUUAUAGCAGCGUCGGAUUAAUUAGUAGUAGGCCUAAAUUCGACUCAGGUUUCACUUAAGAAUAUCAAAAUCAACUCGAAAUUGUUUUAAAGUAAUAUUUUCGAACAAUUUGUGGAAAAAAUUGCAAAUUUUGUUAUGCAUCCAACAUUUCUUUUAAAAUGAAUGAUCAAAUUAGUAAUUUUGCGAGACCUCUACCCGCUCGGGGCCCGGGACUUCAUUCCACUAAGACCCAUCUAAAAUCCGACGCUACUUUAUAGUCUUGUUGAAAUUCUGUGACAACCAAAUUUGAUAUUUAGUCCAGGACAAAUUGGUGCAUUAAUACCGGAAACUAUUCUGCCUCAAUUUUUUUAUGUGAUACUCUUCAAAUUGCACUACUGAUGAUAUAAAUGCAUGUGACCAUGGGGCAACCAUGUGCCAUAUUAUUUUAACAAUUGCAAAGAAUUGUUGUAUUUCAAUCGGACAAUUUUUUUCUAUUCUUUAUUGAAAUACGAAAAAAGGUCCUACGACUUUGCACGGUAAAGUUAAUAUUUUUAAAGGUUCGACAAAUCUGGAAUUUGAGUAAUUUUGAGCCAUGAAAAAUAUAUUUAUUUGCAAUUAUAUAUGCAAUGCUGUCAUCACUAAAGUCACUGAAGGUUAGAAAGUGUCAUAUUACACACCUUCCUGCCCUCUAAAAUAUUGUAAUCGUUAAAAUUUUUCUCAUCUAAUCUAGAUGAAUAUUUUUUAUGUUUAAUGGCAAACAAUUAAAACCAAAAUUGAACUAAAAUACAACAAACUACUUAUUGAAAUUAAUGGUUAAAUUUGAAUUAUUAUAAGCGGCCAAUAUUUAGACCAUUACCAGCACUGAUGUCUCCAACAGUUAUCACUUUGGUCGACAAAUUACUUUGCUGUUGAAUGACUAAGGUUUCUGACCUACUUGCAACAGCUUUGCAAAUUGUAGGUAAUUCAUUUAUCAAUAACAUUGCUUUCUUUAACAAUUUUAUAAAUUUAAUAGUUUUUGAGAUAAAUGAUAAAAAGUGAUUCAGGACACAGAAAGGCCGAUGCAAUACAUGAGUCAGAGAGAGACGGCGAUACUUAAAGGUAAACGACGUAUACUUGUGAGCGCGCGUAAUUAACAAUUAAAAAACAGGUGUAUAUAUAAUGAAUUUUUUUAAACCUAUAUCAGGAAUAUUAUUAACCAUUGUAUGAAGAAUUGGAAAAGAAUAUUAUUUUGUAUUUUUUUUAUUUUUUAUGGUUCAAAAGUACAGCAUAACAUCGAUUUUAGAUUUUUCCGUAUUUUAGAUCAUUCGAACAUUUUAAUGCAUUAUUCUUCAUGCUAUCAUUAUGUAUGGUUUUGCCAUCUAGUGUCACAUUCAGAAGCUAAAAAUUACGAUACGAUCGAAUCAGUCCGGAUUUACGAUGUUC